AUGCUGGCCGCUCCGGCAUACGCGUCCAAAAAGCUCUUCAACCUCUCGCUGCCCGUCAUCUCCCCCGUGCUCCAGUUCUCUGGGUCCAUCUCUGAGACUUAUGACACCGGAGGCGACUGGGUUGGUCAAGGAACACCAUUGACAGGCGACUCUAUCCGUCGUCUCGACGAAUACUCCACCACCAUAGAUUUUGCCGGCACCAACAUUCAGUUUUUGGGAAACGCGAGCGACACUUCCGUCGUGAGCGUCUCGUACGGCCAGUGGCAGUAUGUGACAGAAACGUCGGCCAACAGCUCGGUCAUUGCCGCCGCACAGAGCAACCUGACGUAUGCGUGGUAUGAAAUGGUCGUCACGCAAACCAACUCGGACACGGACGUCUGGAUGACCGGCGUGGACAUCAACACGGCACUGGAGACCGAGUUCGACUCGAUCUGGGACGCCCCCAACCGCACAGAGGCCGUCGUCGACAGCCUUGGAGACAAGAACGAGUUCUUUUAUUUCUACGGCCAGUGGGCAUACAAUGCCUCGAUCGGCUCGGUCCCCAGCCCCGUCGGCCGGCCGUACAACCACCUCGUUGGCUCGGGCGACGCGUACCUCAACUUCAAUGUGCCCCAGAACACAUCCUUCAUCAUCAUCAACGGCACGGUUGGCUACCUCGGUGGCCACUACAAUGUCACCCUUGACCCACCACUGUCGGGUACCCAGGACUACACUCUUGGGUCCGAGUCGCCGCCCAACCCAUUCACGUUCAAUUCAGAGAGCAGGUGGGAGUCGGAGGCGGUGCUGUUUGCCGCCCCGCUCGACCCGACCGAGGAGUACGAUGUCAUUAUUGACAACAUUGACACGGACGGAUCCGUCGGCGUGUACGGUGCCACGUUCUACUUUGCCACCAACCCGCCCAGCAGCAACGUUACCUCGACUCCCAGCCCAGGCCACCCGG